AUGCUCGGGUCCUUGUACUCCCUUGGCACCGACUCCUCGCUCACACACGACAGGAAAUAUUUGAAAACAGAAAUUGAAAGGAACAAACCUGCACUGGGCUCAUGCCUGGGUGCAUUCAGUUCUACUUUCCCGGUGGCAUUCCUGGAGCCUCACCUGAAUAAACACAACCAGUUCUCUCUUCUUAACCGCAUCGCUGAUCACUCGUUGGAAGCACAAGAUAUAAUGGCGAAAAUGGAGCAAUCAAUGCCGACUCUAGAGACUAUCUUAAACGAGGUAGACCAGUUUGUCGAGUCUGACAAAACGUACAACGAGGCGCCUCACAUCAUCGACGUGGUGUUGCCACUGCUGUGCUCCUACUUGCCGUUCUGGUGGGCGCAGGGUCCUGAUAACGUGACCCCAACUGGGGGAAACCAUGUCACAAUGGUGACAGCAGAGCACAUGAACCAAUUGUUGAAGAAUGUGUUGAAGCUCAUCAAGAAGAACAUCGGAAAUGAGAGUGCUCCUUGGAUGACUAGAAUCGCGACAUACACCCAGCAGAUAAUCAUCAACAGCUCAGAAGAGUUGUUGAGAGAUUCCUUCCUACCUCUCGCAGAGAGGGUUAGGAAACGUACGGAUACAAUGUUCCACAAAGAGGAGAGUCUGAGAGGAUUCAUCAAGUCGUCAACUGAUGAUACGUCGCAAGUCGAGUCGCAAAUUCAAGAAGACUGGCAGCUACUAGUCAGGGACAUUUACUCGUUCUACCCGCUUCUCAUCAAAUAUGUCGAUCUGCAGAGAAACCACUGGCUUCGUAACAACGUCCCAGAGGCAGAGGAGUUAUAUAAUCAUGUGGCAGAAAUAUUCAACAUCUGGUCGAAAAGUCAGUACUUCCUCAAGGAAGAGCAAAACUUUAUAUCGGCAAACGAAAUCGACAACAUGGUGCUCAUAAUGCCUACAGCUACAAGGCGGGUGACCACCAUUGUCGAUGGAACACCUCAAGGUGGUGGGAAGAAAAAGAAGAAGCAUCGCGACAAGAAGCGAGACAAAGACAAGGAGGUGCAGGCCUCUCUUAUGGUCGCCUGUCUGAAGAGACUCUUGCCAGUGGGGCUCAACUUGUUUGCGGGUAGGGAGCAGGAGUUGGUCCAACAUUGCAAGGAUAGAUUUUUGAAGAAAAUGUCCGAACAAGACGUGGCGGAGUUCGCGAAGACGCAGCUGACGUUGCCAGAUAAGAUAGACCCGGCGGACGAGAUGUCAUGGCAACACUACCUCUACAGCAAGCUCGGCUCCAAGAGCAAGACCACGAUCACGGUGGAGACGGCCGAGAACAAGGCGAAGAUCAUCGACGACACCGUCGAACGCAUCGUCGCCAUGAGCAAAGUGCUUUUCGGUCUGCACAUGAUCGAUCACCCACAGCAAAUGAGCAAAAACGUGUACCGCUCCGUAGUGUCGAUACAACGAAAGCGUGCCGUAAUCGCUUGCUUCAGACAGACGUCUCUGCACUCAUUGCCAAGGUGCAAACGACUUGUGGUGUCUUAUUGUGUAUGCCGUAAGGCUACCAAGCCGAAACAGCGCUCGGACAACUGGAAGAGGGUGCUAUGCGCCGCCAGGAAGCGCGCGGCGGUCGCUUGUCUGCGCUCGAUUCAUCUUUACAAGCUAAGUCGGCACCGUGCUUGCAACAUAUUCGCACGCACUUACUACGAACUCUGGCUGCAAGAGGAGAAUAUCGGGCAAGAGGUCAUGAUCGAAGAUUUAACCCAAUCGUUUGAAGAUGCAGAACUGAAGAAGAGCGAUGUAGUGGAGGAGGAAGGAAAGCCAGACCCCCUCACCCAGUUAGUCACCACGUUCUGCAGGGGCGCAAUGACGGAACGUUCUGGAGCUCUUCAGGAGGAUCCGUUGUACAUGUCGUACGCACACAUAAUAGCAAAAUCUUGUGGGGAAGAAGAGGAAGAAGGUGGUGGUGACGAAGAAGAAGGCGGUGGAGAAGCCGAAGGCGAGGAAGAAGGGCGCGCGAGUAUUCACGAGCAAGAGAUGGAGAAGCAGAAGUUGCUUUUCCACCAAGCCCGUCUCGCGGACAGGGGCGUAGCGGAGAUGGUGCUGCUCCACAUCUCCGCUUCGAAGGGUGUGCCAAGCGACAUGGUGAUGAAGACGCUGCAGUUAGGGAUCUCUAUACUGCGCGGAGGCAACAUCGAUAUUCAGAUGGGCAUGUUAAACCACCUAAAGGACAAAAAGGAUGUGGGAUUCUUCACGUCAAUAGCUGGCCUCAUGAACUCUUGUUCCGUCUUGGAUUUGGACGCUUUCGAAAGAAAUACGAAGGCUGAAGGUCUUGGUGUUGGUCUGGAGGGUGCGGCCGGCGAGAAGAACAUGCACGACGCCGAAUUCACCUGCGCCUUGUUCCGUUUCAUUCAAUUAACUUGCGAAGGCCACAACUUGGAAUGGCAGAACUACCUGCGCACCCAAGCCGGUAACACGACGACCGUAAACGUUGUAAUCUGCACCGUUGACUACCUACUGCGUUUGCAGGAGUCCAUUAUGGACUUCUACUGGCAUUACUCGAGCAAAGAACUGAUCGACCCGGCCGGUAAAGCGAACUUCUUCAAAGCCAUCGGAGUGGCGUCCCAAGUAUUCAACACGCUCACCGAGGUCAUACAAGGCCCUUGCACACAGAACCAGCAGGCUUUGGCACAUUCCAGAUUGUGGGACGCGGUCGGUGGUUUUCUGUUCCUCUUCUCGCACAUGCAGGAUAAGCUAUCGAAGCAUUCCUCACAAGUGGACUUGCUUAAGGAGUUGCUUAAUCUGCAGAAGGACAUGAUCACAAUGAUGCUGUCUAUGCUUGAAGGAAACGUUGUUAAUGGCACAAUCGGUAAACAGAUGGUGGACACGCUAGUCGAGUCGGCGUCUAACGUUGAACUCAUCCUCAAGUACUUCGACAUGUUCCUGAAACUUAAGGAUCUGACUUCGAGCGCCAGCUUCCAGGAGAUAGACGCCAACAACGACGGCUGGGUGCUGCCCAAAGACUUCAAAGAGAAGAUGGAGCAGCAAAAGAGUUACACACCAGAGGAGAUCGAGUUUCUGCUGGCUUGCUGCGAAACGAACCACGAUGGGAAGUUGGACUACGUGGGCUUCUGCGACCGAUUCCAUGAGCCCGCCAAGGAGAUUGGUUUCAACCUUGCCGUUUUGCUGACCAACCUUUCGGAGCACAUGCCAAACGAGCCAAGACUCGCCCGUUUCCUGGAGACAGCGGGCUCCGUACUGAACUACUUCGAGCCUUUCCUCGGCCGUAUCGAGAUCAUGGGAGGGUCCAAGCGCAUAGAGAGAGUCUACUUCGAGAUCAAGGAGUCGAACAUUGAGCAAUGGGAAAAGCCGCAAAUCAAAGAGUCGAAACGCGCGUUCUUCUACAGCAUCGUAACGGAGGGCGGUGACAAGGAGAAACUGGAGGCGUUCGUGAACUUCUGCGAGGACGCCAUCUUCGAGAUGACUCACGCUUCAGGACUGAUGGCGGCCUCAGAGGAAUCUGCGGGCGGUCCGAAGAAUAGAGAGGCGGCAUACAUGUACAUGGGCGAUGACGAUGACGAGAGGGCCGGUAAAGAUCCAUUCCGUCGCGGCUUGCAAUCCGUGAAGGACGGCAUCUCCGCGGCAUUCUCCUCCUUAUCGCCGUCCAACAUAAAGGCGAAGAUCGCGGAUCUGCAGCAGAUGCCCCCAGCUGAGCUGGUGCUCGGUUUCUUUAAAAUGUUCUUCUACCUCUUCUACUAUCUGGGCUAUGGCGUCCUCGUCGUUGUGAGGUACAUUUUCGGCGUGCUGUUGGGUUUGAUGCGGGGCCCGCAAACGGAGGAGGUACCACCGGAGCCCACGGAGGAGGAAAAAAUUGGUCCAUUGAGGCAUCUACCUGCUCUGCCGCCCGCGGAUGAUACUGGGCAGAUGCAAGUGUCCGCAUUCGGUUUGGACAUCACCAAGGAAGACAACGGACAGAUUCAAGUGAAACCGCACGAAUCCCCAUCGACGUCGACGCCAUCUUCGGGAGAGGAAGCCGAAGUGUCACCAGACGAGGGCGUUGAGCACACGGAAGAACAGCAACCGCCUUCCUUAAUCGACCUCCUGGGCGGAGAACAAGCGAAGAAGCAAGCUCAGGAACGCAUGGAAGCGCAGGCUGCCCAACAAGCCGCGAUGUCCGCCAUCGAAGCCGAAAGCAAAAAG